CACAGCGGUAGUGGGCGGAGAUUGUUGCUAUACGGAAGUUAAAAAUGAAGACGCAGCUGUAUGGAUUAGCGGUGUAGGAUGGCUCGUGAUCUUUUCUAUUUAACUUAAUUUCCUUUAAGCAUCGGAGCUGAUAUGAAGGCGGGCGCCUCGUGUGUGUGGGCAUCGUGUUGUGAUCUGCUGAACGAGGUGAUGGGGGCGGGGGCAGUGAGAGGACAGCAGCCCGGGUUCGGAGGAGCCGGUCCGUUCCGCUUCGCUCCGUCUGCCGGAUAUUCCACACACACAACCACUAACACACACCCUCACACACACACACACACUAACACUCACACACACGCUAACAGUAACCCAAACACUAACAGACAGACUCGUAUACACCCCCACACACACACUCAUACACACCCUAGCACAUACUCUCACACACACACGAACAGACAGACUCGUACACACACCCACACACACCCCAACACACACUCUCACACCCACACUCACACACACACUCAUCCUCACCCUCACACACCCCCUCAAUCACACACACUCAGCUGUCAGGGAUGUAGGGAGAGUUUCUCCAUCUUCAGGAGGAGGUAUGUGUGCUGUGAGUGUAGGCGGAGUUUCUGCUCGGCGUGUUCAGUUCUGCAGGAGAACCUGAGGACCUGCAGUACGUGUAACCUGCUGAAGGGGACGGCGUUCCAGCGGCCGCGCCUCAUGAAGCUGCGUGUUAAAGACCUGCAGCGUUACUUAACGCUACACAACAUCAACACCGACACCUGCAGAGAAAAAGAGGACUUGGUGAAUUUAGUGCUGUUUCACCAAGGAGUGGAGAGCGAGGACGAUUCGGACACGCCCACUUUCCCCACGAGUCCAUUGCACACCCCUCCCACCACAAACUCCGCUUCCCUGCUCUCACCUGCUCACGAAGAGCCAAUCAGCAGGGACGAUGGCUCAGAGUCUACCAGUGAGCAGCUUGUCGACUCUGAGUCACUCUCCACCCUCGAGCCCACAGAACAAACCCCAGAGGCGGUGCGGAGGGCGGGGCGAGCGUCUCUCUCAGACCUGUCGUGUGUAGGUGACGUGGAGCGGCUCACGGUGCGACAGCUGAAGGAAAUCCUGGCGCACAAUUUCGUCAACUUUUCCGGCUGCUGUGAGAAGUGGGAGCUGGUGGAGAGAGUGAGGAGACUGUACACUGAGAAGUCCAUGGAGAACGUGAGCCGUGACAUCAGCACAGUCGUAGCUUUUCCUCCUGAUGCAGUCAGAGAGGGUGGCAGCGCUCGGCUGGAGGCCGAUGAGAAUCUGUGUCGUAUCUGCAUGGACGCGGUGAUCGACUGCGUGUUGUUGGAAUGCGGUCACAUGGUCACGUGUACAAAAUGCGGGAAGCGCAUGAGCGAGUGUCCGAUCUGCAGACAGUACGUCAUCCGCGCCGUCCACGUCUUCAAGUCCUGACGUCACACACACCAUAUGCAAACGUUCCACAGGAGACGACGAUGCAGCAUCUGUUUACACACACACACACACACACACACACCUCGGCUGCGGAGUCAGAUUGGCUCCUCCUUCACAACUCAGGCUAUAACUUUCCAAAUGCUCUUCUUCUCAUUCAUUCUGUGUGUGUGUGUGUGUGUGUGUGUGUGUGUGUGUGUGUGUGUGUACUUGAGCAUUAACAACAUAUUAAUAUAAUCAGAUGUAAGGGUUGACAGAAGUCAAAGAGCCUCAUGUUCACCUGGAACUCCAGAGCAAUACCUGUGUGUGUGUGUGUGUGUGUGUGUGUGUGUGUGUGUGUGUGUGUGAGAGAGAGAGAGAGAGAGAUUAUUGCAUCUCAAAAAAACUAGAAUACUGUGGAAGUUCUUUUUUUCUGUAAUUGAAUUAAAGAAGUGGACCCGU